GGAGGAGAAGGAGAUGAAUAGACGGAAAGGCAGGGAGGUUAGGCAGUUCUAAGACCGGCUGGCUACCCUGUGCUGGGGAAAGGGAGCAAGGGGAAUAAAAUACAAUAGAAAAGAGUAGUGUGGGGAUGUACACUUGACGUUUACUCAGAUCUCUCAACAGUGCGCAGAACGGGAUGAGCAGGCCGUUAAUUUCGAACCACAACGACGUUGUCGCCCGGAGGAAAGAUAACCUUCAAAAUUAUGGAGGAUCUGUAACUCGGCUAGGUUUACUGUUUUUUACUUCAUGUUGAAAGAAAGAAAGAAGGAAAGAAACAAAGAAACGAACAACCAGUGCUAGUGUGUGCAUAUCCCUACUCUUUAUACGUCGCUGUUUGCAAGCCGUUUUCUUCACGAAAUGCCCAGAAUACAUUACUUUUAAGAACCUUGAAUGGGCUAAAGUCAUCAGUUGCCGCUGAAGCGCUAAUGUAGCUAGCAUACAUUCUACGACAUUUUUUUUUUCUCUACGCAGUUUAGGCUCGUUGUUAUUGCUUUCAACGCGCAACAUGGAAGACGAAGCAGAUGGCAGCAAUGCAGGAUGAACAGCGCGGACGAUCAAUUCGACAUCUGCCUGGCCGCAUACAAACGACAGCGCAUACGAGCGCAACGCAAGGCGUCCGCAGUACUGCAAUCGUUACAGGACCGAGCAGCAAGCGGAUUAUCCGGCCAAGCAAACGGACUCCCUCCGCGGCUGAUUAACAGCGUCGAUGGGCCCCCACUCGACGAGAACGCAUCUCUCAAGAGAAUGCACGUGCCGCCCAUGGUGAACUGCGAGUGCAAUGGUUUCACCGUGUGUGCUCUGCUGAACACGUCCUGUCCGUUCUCGACCAUGUCGGAACACACUGUGCGCCGUCUCAGGCUGGACGAUCAGGUGAUGGCUUGGAAGCCGAGUCCACAGGAGUCCAGUGCCCUGCACCAACACCUGUUCAAUCUCAGGACGCCGGUACGAGGCUGCGUGAAAUAUGUGGACUUGGAAUUCGGCUCCUGGAAGCAAGUAUACGAGUUCGCCGUGGUAGAAGAACCUUUUCCAGAAGUCAGCCUUGGAAUAGACUUCUUGAGAAGAUCGCAGUGCCUCAUCAACUUUGAGACUGCAACGCUGCUGGUUGGAGGCGUCAGAGGUGUGAAGGUGCAGCUGCUCAAUGCCAAAGACAUAACAUCUCAAAGCAUGGUGGCACUAGCAUCAAUGACCAGUGUGCUGUAGCUUACUAUUCUGAUUAUAUUUUGUGUGCCUGAUGACAUUAGCAUGUGGUCCUAUUUGCGAUUACAUAAGCACAUAACAGGGCAAGCUAUUAUUAACUGCCACGAUCUAGCUUCACAUGAUGAGGGAUAAUUUUCACUAUUCACAAACUCAUCAACAAUACGGAGCCACGCAAGACAAUGUGCAAGAUGAAGUAGAAACUAUGCAUUUUAAGUGGAUUUUUGCUGUGUAUAUGUACCUGUAUAUAUUUCCUGGUGCAUGCAGUGUUAAGGAGUUCCUCUGAAUGCUAUUAUGGCACUAAUUUUUGGAACAGACGACACUUGCUAAUAGCAUAUGCCCAUGGCUUCACUGUUGAACAGGACAGCACCAUUGUUAUAAAAGCUUUACAAUGAAGUGUGCAAACUGUUCAGUAAGCAGGACACAAAUACAAGUUUAAAAAAUGACCGGAAAAAGUGUGUUUAAUAAAAUACAAAAAUUAUCAAGAUGCUUGUUCAGCGAUCCUCAGGUUGUCUCUAAGCCACAACCUUAUCUGCCGUGGCGGCUUAACGGCUAUGGCAUUGUGCUGUAAGUACAAGGUCAUG